UAAGAAAAUAUUUUGUGUUCACUCAUUGUUUAAAUCUUGAAUUUCAUCCUUCCCUUCAAGCUUCAUAUGUAAUUUUUUUGUUCUAUUUUCUUGAUUUUGGUAUAAUCUCAUGAAACAGCAGAUAUUAAAACUGGUGACGAAGGGAUUGUACAAAGAAGCACUGCAUCUACACAGUCAACACCACAAAGAUUCAUUGCUUCCCAACAAAUUCACGUUUCCUCCUCUGUUCAAAGCCUGUGUCAAGCUCAACUCGCCAAUCCAGGGCCAAAUCCUCCAUACCCAUCUCAUCAAAACCGGGUUUUCCCAUGACAUUUACGCUGCCACAGCUCUCACUGACACGUACAUGAAACUGCACCACUUUGAGUAUGCUCUCAAGGUGUUUGCUGAGAUGCCUGACCGGAACUUGGCCUCGUUAAACACGAUGAUUUCCGGGUUUUGGAGGAAUGGGUAUUGGGAAGAAGCUUUGUUAGUAUUUAAGGAGAUGAUUUUUGGAUUGUCGAGGCCUAAUUCACUCACUAUAGCUACUGUUUUGCCAGCUUGUCAAAGUCUUGAACUUGGCAUGCAAUUUCAUUCUUUGGCUGUUAAGUUGGGGGUUGAAUUGGAUGUUUACGUGGCAACUUCAUUGCUGACUAUGUAUUCUAAGUGUGAAGAGAUAGUUGUAGCCACAAAAAUGUUCGUGAAGAUGACCAAUAAGAAUGUUGUCAGCUACAAUGCUCUUGUUACAGGGCUUUUGCAGAAUGGGGUUCCACGUAUGGUGUUGAACGUGUUUAAGGAAAUGAGGGACAGUUCACAAGAAGAGCAGCCCAAUACUGUUACUUUGGUUACUGUCAUGUCUGCCUGUGCAAGUCUUUUGUAUCUACAGUUUGGCAGGCAGGUUCAUGGGGUUGUUAUGAAAGCUGAGAUGCAGUUUGAUACGAUGAUCGGAACUGCACUUGUUGAUAUGUAUUCAAAGUGUCGGGCAUGGCGGUGGGGCUAUGAUGUUUUCAAGGAGAUGGAUGGAAACAGGAACUUGAUAACUUGGAAUUCAAUGAUUGCAGGGUUGAUGUUGAACAAUCAAAGUGAGAUGGCUGUCGCACUGUUUGAGGAGUUGGAAUUUGAAGGAAUGAAACCUGAUUCAGCAACAUGGAAUUCGAUGAUAAGUGGGUUUUCGCAGUUAGGGAAGGGAUUUGAUGCUUUUAAGUAUUUUGAGAAGAUGCAGUCUGCUGGUGUAGAACCGAGUUUAAAAUGCUUUACCAGUCUUUUGCCCGCUUGUUCAGUUUUGUCUGCUUUAAAGCAGGGAAAAGAGAUUCACGGGCAUGCCACAAGGAGUGGCAUUAGUAAAGAGGAGUUCAUGGCUACUGCAUUAAUUGACAUGUAUAUGAAAUGUGGGCAUUCCUCUUGUGCGCGUAAAAUUUUUGAUCACUUUGAAUCAAAGCCUGAUGAUCCAGCAUUUUGGAAUGCAAUGAUUUCCGGUUAUGGAAGAAAUGGAGAAAAUGAAUCAGCAUUGGAAAUUUUUGACUUGUUGCAGGAGGACAAGGUAAAACCGAAUUCUGCAACUUUCAUUUGCGUUUUAUCUUCAUGUAGUCACACAGGUCAAGUUGACAGAGGAUUGCAAGUUUUCAGAAUGAUGGUUGAAGAUUGUGACUUGAGCCCAAAUCUUGAGCAUUUUGGUUGCAUAAUUGAUCUUUUGGGUAGAUGUGGCAGACUAGAAGAAGCCAAAGAAAUAAUACAAGAAAUGUCCGACCCUCCUGCUGCGGUUUUUGCUUCUUUGCUUGGUGCUUGUAGGUGUCACUUGAAUUAUGAGCUAGGAGAAGAAAUGGCUAUGAAGCUUUCAGAGUUAGAGCCAGAGAAUCCAGCUCCUUUUGUGAUACUGUCCGACAUAUACGCCGCAGUAGGAAGGUGGGGAGAUGCGGAAAGAAUAAGACAAGUGAUAGAUGACAGAGGAUUGAGAAAAUUCCCUGGAUUUAGUUCAAUAGCAGUAACAUGAAAAGGAACAACUUCUGAAAAAUGCUUUGAUCCCACCUUAUUCAAAUACAUUUCUGCAUCUUCUCGGAUUUUUCCAGGUUACUGGAAAAGAAGUUU